AUGUCGCUGAAUCUCGCCACCCUCCGCCAGCAAAUCGACUCGCUCGACCAUAAACUCAUUGCCCUCCUCAACGAGCGUGCCCAGGUCAGCCUCGAUAUCGGAUCCGCAAAGAGACAGACCGCAGACCCCCUCGACGAGGACAACACCCAUGUCUACAUUCCCGGACGAGAGAAACAGGUCUUCGAGAAGGUUGCCAGGCUCAACCCGGGUCCAAUGGCCGACGAGAGCCUCUGCGCCAUCUACCGCGAGAUCAUGUCCGCCUCAAUUGCCCUCCAGAAGGAUGUCAUGGUGGCCUAUCUAGGCCCUGUCGGCAGUUUCACGCACGAUGCAAGCAUGAAGAGGUUUGGAGACAGUGUCCAGUAUGCGUCCCAAGGAACAAUUGCUGAUGUCUUUGAGGCCGUCGAGCGCGGUCGCUGCCAGUACGGUGUUGUGCCCUUUGAAAACUCGAUCGCAGGAUCUGUGGUCCCAACGUUAGAUAAGUUCAUAAAGUCAAAGGUCAAGAUCAGAGCCGAGACCUAUCUUCCAGUCCACCACUACCUACUCUCCAAGACCACAACAGAGGCCAUCCGUCGCGUCUUUUCUCACCCAGUGGCGCUGGCUCAGUGCCAGACCUUCCUGAACAGCCACCUCAAGGGAAUCGAGCUGGUCCCCUGUGCCUCGACUUCGGAAGCCGCUCAGCUUGCAUCAAAGGAAAAGUUCGCGGCCGCGAUCUGCAACCAAGUAUGUGCAGAGAUCUAUGGGCUGGAUAUCCUUCAUGCGGAUAUUGAAGACCAGCAAGAUAACACAACGCGAUUCUUUAUCAUCUCGGAUGCCUGGGAUGCACCUACUGUGAGCGACAAGACUCUUUUGAUGUUCACUGUCGAUCAUCGCCUUCCGGGAGCGCUCUGUGAUGGACUGAAAGUCUUCAAGGAUCAUAAUAUCAACCUGACCAAGAUCGAUUCUCGCCCGUCGCUGAUCAAGCCAUGGCAUUAUGUGUUCUUCGUUGAGUGUGCUGGCGUCCAUGGAGACAGCGAGGUUAUGACAACGGUGAUUGAGGAGCUGCACAAGUUCUGUCUCGAUGUCAAGAUCGUUGGCACGUAUCCUGAUCAGAGACCCCAGGACCUGCGCUAUUAA